UUGGAAACAGGCCUAAGGCACAGAAGACUCAUCUCCUUUGUUACUGUAACAAGGAAGGGGGUGGAUAAAGUGAUAAACUGAGAGGCCCACAAGGGGAAGGCCUUGAGAUUGGGGGAGUAUCAGAGUUGGAGGCGGGGAACUGUUGCAGGCCCAAGGAGGCCCUGACUCAAAUGGCUACCAGAGCGGGGAUUAGGGUUCUCAGGGGCACUCCCUCCCCCCUUCCACUAAGGGAAAAAGAGACCUCUGAGGGAGGGAAGGGAUUCUCUCCUUCAGAAACCACAUCCACCAUGACGGUCACUAUGGACACCAGCCUCUUGAGUCACAGUGCAGGCAACCCCUCCCGCAGAGGCAAAAGGGGCUUCUAUUCCAAGAGAGGACAACGGACCCAUUUCAGAGGUGGGAAAGUGAAGGUCCACGAUCUCCAGUCCAUCAAGAAAGAGCUAGCGUCGAUCAAGCAGAAAGUGGAUUGCCUCCUGGAGAAGCUGGAAAGAAUCGAGGAAGAAGCCAACCAAGCCGAGAUGCAGUCCAGUGUCUUGGAGCAGCAGAACAACUUUCCCGAAGAAGUUGCGGUCAGCGAGUCCGAAGGCGAUACCGAGGGAGCGAGCAGAUCAGAGAGAUACUGAAGAGCAAGCCCAGCCGAGGGGGCUCCAGGAUGAAGAAGACGUCAGAGGGCAGGAAACACCAGCCACGGCCAGCGAUGGCCGUCUCCGACACUCUUUGCCCCUCCCUGGUACGCCAGGGCCUUCAUCCUAAAGUCAGCCUCCCUGAGUCCCCUCCCCUGGUAGUUUGGAGCAUAUGAUCACCCUUGGCUCCAGCCUUAGCCUCUCCAGGUUUCCCAGUGCCUCUCUGUUCUGGUCCCUGCAGCUGUCCCAAGAGAUACAAUAAAGCCUCUGUAGUUUUGCUCACUUACCUUGGAUAGCUCUAACUCAGCUCUAUGAUAAUUAAAAAUCCGAUUGUU